AUGUCGUUAUAUUGUUUGGACGCGCCUGUUGCAAAAGGACGUAAAUCGAAUUCCGUCGUCCGGUGGAUUGACGUAUUACCAGCAGGACCAUACGCCACUACGAGCGGACAAGAGGUAUCCAUAGAGCAUCCCGUCGAAGCUGAAUCUGAGCCUCCUGGCUCGUGGAGCGGAGGAGUCACCGUUGAUAUCUCCCCGCCAUCAGAGCUUCCAAGACUCCAAUCCAACCCCAGAUCUCUACAUCCACAGCUGAAUAGGCCCGAGGCAUCCUGGAUGAACACUCCUCGUUCACAGACUCCUUCAAAUGCUCUUCACCGGACAUUGAUCCGCCCUCAAUCCCCUGCUCGUUCUGGAACACCACCUGCUCGGUCCCGAACACCUAUAUUGCAAGUGCCGUCUGGUAGGCAGAGGCCAACUAAUAUCUUGGUUCCAUCACGGAGCCCGAAUCUGAGUACAGUAACUGCGUACAAUCCGGCUGAUACUCUCCGCCAUCUUGAUCUGUCCACUCCGAUAUCUCAAGGUCGUCGAAAUGCACACGUUCAUAGUAGCUCGGGAAUGUCAUUUGUUUCUGGCUCCGCGAGUCGGGGCUCCCUAAAUUCGUACGGGGAAAGUGUUCAUGCGCCUAUCACUAGGUGUCCUCGAGGGCUUUUGAUCAUCGGGAGUAGUCAUCGAGAGCCACAUGCUUAUAUGACGGACCUUGCGCCCCUGAUGAGUACCCAUAAUGAUCGUAAUCGACUUCGAACGGCAUUCCAGAGUCGCAGAUAUUCGGUCGAAACUAUGGUCGAACACGAAGGCAACAAGGGCGCGAUACUAAGGAGGGUUGGGAACUUUUUGGCCAGUGCCGAGGCAGGUGACAUUCGCAUGAUUGUGUUUACGGGCCACGGGACCAAAAUAGGAGAAGAUCGACAAUUUGCAAUCAUCCCAUCACAGUGCGCUUCAGACAAUGACACCAUUUCUUCGGCAGAAUGGCAAAGUACCAUACUUGAGAGCGCAGGGGCAGGUGUCGUUGUUGUUUCUGUCUUUGCGGCUUGUAUGUCAGGUGGGAUGAUAUCAGGGCAGGCAGUGAAGCUUACGAACUUCGAACGUAUCAUUGACAGCCAGUCCUCAACCCCAACUUUACCGAGCGGUCCUAUCCAGAUAAUUCUCAGCUCGAGUGGGGAUAAUCAAUCAUCUUUCGAGUACAGAACUCCACCCCACACUCCAUCUGACUGGCACGAUUACUUUUUAUGGGCUUUGGCAGAGACUGCACGAAGACCAGAAGUUGACAGUUGGGAAUCAUUCCUAACAACACUACAAGCUACCUUUACCUAUGUACGAGCGGUCGGUCUCCGGAGCUCGAGUUAUGAGUAUCCUAGGGACCUCGAUUGGCUGCUUCAACAUCCACAAACACCCCGCAUAUACGUAUCAUCACAGGUGCCUGAUUUUAACCAAUUCAUGCCUCCUCAGGGCUACUGA